CAUUGGUUCAGCUCUUAAGAUGCAUCUGAAAGCCACCAUAUUAGGACUCCUUGUUCAUCCCCUCACACCUCUGCUUUAGGAGGAAAACUUCCUUAAAGGAUGGAUGGCUUCGGGGUUUCCAAGAUAAGCCCACAUGAAGAAUAACUUCUCAGCAAAGUUCCAAUGGUCCUGUAAAGAAGUCUAUGCGGGAGAAGGCUGUUGAGAGAAGAAAUGUUAAUAAAGAGCAUAACAGUAACUUUAAAGCUGGAUAUAUUCCAAUUGAUGAGGAUCGACUCCAUAAAACUGGCCUGAGGGGAAGAAAAGGCAAUUUAGCCAUCUGUGUGAUCGUUCUCCUUUUUAUCUUGGCUGUUAUCAAUUUAAUUAUAACACUUGUUAUCUGGGCUGUGAUCCGAAUUGGACCCAAUGGUUGUGACAGUAUGGAAUUCCAUGAGAGUGGUUUGCUGCGAUUUAAACAAGUAUCUGAUAUGGGAGUUAUACACCCUCUUUAUAAGAGCACAGUAGGAGGCAGACGUAAUGAAAAUUUGGUUAUCACUGGCAAUAACCAACCAAUUGUUUUUCAGCAAGGAACAACGAAACUCAGUGUAGAAAAGAACAAAACUUCUAUUACAAGUGACAUUGGCAUGCAGUUUUUUGACCCAAGGACUCAAAAUAUUUUAUUCAGUACAGACUAUGAAACCCACGAAUUUCAUUUGCCAAGUGGAGUAAAGAGUUUGAAUGUACAGAAAGCAUCUACUGAAAGGAUUACCAGUAAUGCUACAAGUGAUUUAAAUAUAAAGGUUGAUGGGCGUGCCAUUGUCCGUGGGAAUGAAGGUGUAUUCAUUAUGGGCAAAACCAUUGAAUUUCAUGUGGGUGGCAAUGUGGAAUUAAAAGCUGAACACAGCAUCAUCCUAAAUGGAUCUGUGAUGGUCAGCACUUCUCGCCUACCAAGUUCUUCUUUUGGAGAUCAGUUAAAUAAUGGUGACUGGGUGCGCUACAAGCUCUGCAUGUGUGCAGACGGAACUCUGUUCAAAGUACAAGUGACAGGCCAAAAUAUGGGCUGCCAGAUCUCAGACAACCCUUGUGGAAACACACAUUAGAUGAGCUGGAGAGAGAGAGAGAGAAAGUCAUCAGUGUGUUUAUACUUGUCUUUACUUUUUUUUUUAAAGUGCAUGCAUGCAAGCCAUUGUUUUUACAGAGUUUAUGAUAAUGCAUUGUAGUUAUCUUAACGGCCUAGCAUUAAUAGAUCUGUUAAAUAAUCUCUAAAUUUAAAAUAUUCUGAAUGAAAAUAGCCAGAACCUUAAAAUUUUCCAUUUAAUUACACCAUGCUGAGCAUCAGACAAAUCUAUUUUUAAAAUAUUAUGAGAAAUGAAUAAAAUCAAAAUGAAACAUUUCAAGAAAUGUUUUUUAAACAUCAUUUCUUGUCCACAGAACAAAGGGCUGGUUUAGCUGUUAGACUCAUUAUAAGUAAGUUUUUGAUAAUUAUGAGGACUGACCACUCAUUAAAUUAUUAAAAAGUUAUAUAAUCUGUAUAUAAAUAUAUUUUUAAAUCUGGAAAAAUUAAAAUUUUACUAAUAGACUAUAUGUGAUUUGGGCUUCUAAGAAUAAUGACUUUGAAAUUUCAUACUGAAUUAGUCAUGGGGCAGAGUCUCUCCCAACAUGCCAGUGAGAUCAAAGGAAUUUUAAAUACAUGUGAUAAAGUAAUAAGAAAACAAAAACCUAGUUAGGAGUCCUGAAGAAAAUAUUUUGUGAUGCCAUAUUUUUACUUAAAGUACUGUUGAGUAUAACUAUACUAUGACAUAAUACUAAUAAGCAUUCAGUGUUUGGUUCUGGUAGUACUGCAUGAAUAAUAUAAGUAAACAUUUUGAUAUCUAAUCUGAAGCUCUAAGAAGAUGACAAAGAUGGUACUUGGUCUUCAAAAGACCAAUUCAAACUAACCUUUAAGAUUUUGUGUGUGUGAUUUUUAAGAAAACAAAAGUUAUUUGCCUAAAGAGAACAGAAGAGAGUAAAUAAAUUUCAAGUCAGUCAAGAAAACUUGAUUUUUCAUUACCAGAUUUAAAAAUCAGAAUUUUAAAAAAGGCUGGUUCCAAAGCAUUGCACUAAAAUAAGCCCUAUACUGUUGUUUUCCAUACGAGAGAAUAACACAAAUAAUUUCAGAUUAGCAAAAUAAGAUUACAGUCCCCAUUCUCAACAUCCUCUUCUACUCCCCCUUCUACCAACAAUUUAAUUGUUUUUAACACAUUUCUUAUUUGUACUGUUUAUUUUAUUUAUAUAUAUAGGCCAAACGAGCCCCUUUAAGGGGCCUUUAAAGGGAAUUAUUGGCCUGUUAAAUAGUCGUCAGUAAUGAACCACAGGCUCCACCUGCUUCUUUUUUAUCCAGGAAGCUUAAGUAAAUUUAAGCUUACAUUUGCAUAAUGUUUUAAUCUAGCAAAUUUUUUUUAAUGAUUUCUAAUACUGUGUAGACAAGGAAGUCUAAAAAAUCCAAUAUUUGAUAGUGUUACUAUUGUCAGUGUAAAUAAUUUUAAAACAAAGUACAUAUCAAAACCUAAACAUUAGCUUGGGUUCAUUAAAUGUAAUUGAAGUAACCAUUGUUUCCUUUCCUAAUCCUGAAAGUUUGCACUUUAAAUAUGUAAAACUGAAUUGUGACCUCUGUUUAUUAAUGCAGCUAUUUUGCUGGGACUGUCUUUCCAUAUAUACUCCACUUGGAAAUCUCAUUAAAUUCAAAUUCCCCCAACUGUUCUUUUUAGUUAGUUAAGUGCUUUGUUUAGAUUGAUUUAAAUAAGUAUCUUAUCUAAACUGUAUGAGUUUAUUGCACUAGAGUGUUAUUAAGUAAUCACAUGACCUGUUGUAAUUCUUUUUGAAAUUGUGACAUUUGUUUUUUGGUUUAUAUACAUAUGUGUAUCUGUACAUGUAUGUGUGUAUACAUGCUCACCCCCCUUCCAAGUGCUUUGAUUAGAUAGCAUCCUUUGGGGCGGUUUACAGAAGUGCAUCAAAGGAGAGAAUUCUAAAGUGGCGGUCCCUACUUUUUGCUGCAGAGCAUCUGUGUAAACCACAAAAAAAGCUAAAGGGGAUCAGGGCACAUGCAUAGAGCUUUGAUUACAUAGAAGUUGGGCGUUACUCUCUCUUACCACCAGAUGGUGCUUGACUGUGUUCCUGAAACCAGGUUCGUGCCAUCAUAGAGUUAGGGGUGGAAGGGACUCCCAGAAAGGAAUCCCCUCCCAGGCCCUUGCUGAGCUUGAAGAGCUCCAGAGAAGGGGAAUCACCUACCUCCAGAGGCAGCCCAUUUUACUUGAGGACGGCUUUCCUCACUAGGACAUUUCCCUUAGAGUUAGUCUAGAACUUCCUCUUCCAGAACCAGUCAAGUUCUGAAACCCAGGACUGGCUCCAGCACUUUUUAGAAAAAGCAAUCAGUUGUAGAAAGACCGAGUUGUACUGGAAAGAGCCCUGGAUUGGGAGCCAGAAUCUGGCUUUAAAUCCCAGGUCUCCCCUCGGACACGCCCCUCUGAGCCUCAUUAUAAAAUGAGGGAUUUGCUCCAGAUAGCAGUUAAGAACCUUUCUCUCUAAAUCUGUGGUACUAUGGAAAACAUGAACUUCCUGUGUAUAAUUUGCUGGUCUACACAUUUUAAAAUAUGUAUUUGUAUUAUUUAAUUACAGUUUGUGUAAUGAUAGUAAUUAUUGUUGCCCAUUGGUAAUUAAAUUAAUUUUUAGGAGGUGAGAGUUCAGUGGUGCUAAAUAUGACACUAAAGAGACCAUUGUACCUUUGAAAUGCUGAUAAUUUGUAAUCUGUUUCAGAGAUGUUGGUGUUUACCAAUUCUGCCAUACAAAAAAAAAUUAGAUAAAUCUGUUCCGUAUUGCUAACUUUAGUUGAUGUAACAUGUUAAUGACCUCUGUUUACAAUAAAGAUGAUAUAAAUAAA